AUGAUAUACGUCCAAUUAAUCCUCGUCAUCCAUCGGCCUGCCGUGCGUACGUCACGAUUCUGCUCCUGCCGCCGCCAGUUGGAAGCCCCUACCUGCGUCUUCUGCCCAGAGUCUUUCAUUCUACCCUCCACCCCGCCCAUUGUACCGUCGUCUCCGGGGAAACGGCGCGAGCAUCUCUUUUUAUCUAUCUAUCUAUCUAUCUAUCUGUCUAUCUAUCUAUCUAUCUAUCUGUUCCUCUCACUCCUUCUCUGUUCUCAGUCUGUUCAUAUCUAUCUAUCUAUCUAUCUAUCUAUCUAUCUAUCUAUCUAUCUAUCUAUCUAUCUAUCUGUUCCUCUCACUCCUUCUCUGUACUCAGUCUCUCCAUAUCUAUCUAUCUAUCUAUCUAUCUAUCUAUCUAUCUAUCUAUGUUCUGACUCCUUCUCUGUUCUCAGUCUGUUCAUAUCUAUCUAUCUAUCUAUCUAUCUAUCUAUCUAUCUAUCUAUCUAUCUAUCUAUCUGUUUGUUCUCAGUCUGUCCAUAUGUUCUCAGUCUGUCCAUAUCUAUCUAUCUAUCUAUCUAUCUAUCUAUCUAUCUAUCUGUUUGUUCUCAUUUCCUUCUCUGUUCUCAGUCUGUUCUGUUCAUAUCUAUCUAUCUAUCUAUCUAUCUAUCUAUCUAUCUAUCUAUCUAUCUAUCUAUCUAUCUAUCUCCUGAUGAGUCAGGACUUUCUGGCCAACGUAACAUCUAUCUAUCUAUCUAUCUAUCUAUCUAUCUAUCUAUCUAUCUAUCUCAUUCUGUUCAUUUUCUAUCUAUCUAUCUAUCUAUCUAUCUAUCUAUCUAUCUAUCUAUCUAUCUAUCUACUGAAGUGUGCUAUCCCUUGUAUCUAUCCCUUUACCUUUCUCUCUCUCUCGAUAUCUUCUUCUUAUUAUUAUUAUUCUUUUACUUCUUCUUAUUAUUAUUUAUUUUUCUUUUUAUUAUUCUUUUUUUAUUAUUCUUAUCCUUAUUCUUCUUAUACUUCUUCUUCUUAUUAUUAUUCUUAUUGUUUUAUUCUUCUUCAUCUUCUUCUCCUUAUUAUUAUUAUUAUUAUUCUUUUUCUUAUUAUUAUUCUUUUUCUUCUUCUUUUUCUUCUUCUUUUUCUUCUUCUUUUUCUUCUUCUUCAUAUUAUUAUUCUUUUUCUUCUUUUUCUUCUUAUUAUUCUUUUUCUUCUUCUUUUUCUUCUUCUUCAUAUUAUUAUUCUUUUUCUUCUUUUUCUUCUUAUUAUUCUUUUUCUUCUUCUUUUUCUUCUUCUUCAUAUUAUUAUUCUUUUUCUUCUUUUUCUUCUUAUUAUUCUUUUUUCUUCUUUUUUUCUUCUUCAUAUUAUUAUUCUUUUCUUCUUUUUUCUUCUUAUUAUUAUUUUUCUUCUUCUUUUCUUCUUCUUCAUAUUAUUAUUCUUUUCUUCUUUUUCUUCUUAUUAUUCUUUUUUCUUCUUUUUUCUUCUUCUUAUUAUUAUUCUUUUCUUCUUUUUCUUCUUAUUAUUCUUUUUCUUCUUCUUUUUCUUCUUCUUCAUAUUAUUAUUCUUUUUCUUCUUCUUUUUCUUCUUAUUAUUCUUUUUCUUCUUCUUUUUCUUCUUCUUCAUAUUAUUAUUCUUCUUCUUUUUCUUCUUAUUAUUCUUCUUAUUACUAUUCUUCUUAUUCUUUUUCUUCUUCUUCUACUUCUUCUUAUUAUUAUUAUUGUUCUUUUUUCUUCUUCUUCUUCUUCUUCUUCUUCUUCUUCUUAUUCUUUUUCUUCUCCCUAUUCUUAUUCUUAUUCUUCUUAUUAUUUUUCUUUUUCUUCUUCUUCUUCUCAUUAUUAUUAUUCAUUUUUCUUUUUAUUAUUCUUUUUUAUUAUUAUUCUUUUUCUUCUUCUUUUUCUUCUUCUUCUUCUUCUCAUUAUUAUUAUUCAUUUUUCUUUUUAUUAUUCUUUUUUAUUAUUAUUCUUUUUCUUCUUCUUUUUCUUCUUCUUCUUCUUCUUCUUCUUAUUCCUUUUUUCUUAUUUAUUUUUCUUAUUUUUCGUUUUUUAUUCUUAUUCUUAUUAUUCUUUUGAUUAUUCUUCUUUUUAUUCUUCUUCUUCUUAUUAUUAUUUUUUUUUCUUCUCCUUGUAUUAUUAUUUAUUUUUCUUUUUAUUAUUCUUUUUAUUCUUGUUCUUCUUCUUCUUAUUAUUUAUUUUUUCUUUUUAUUAUUUUUUUAUUAUUCUUCUUAUUCUUAUUCUUAUUCUACUUUUCUUCUUCUUCUUCUUCUUCUUAUUAUUAUUAUUUAUUUUUCUUUUUAUUAUACUUUUAUUAUUAUUCUUUUUCUUCUUCUUCUUCUUCUUCUUAUUAUUAUUAUUAUUCUUUUUUUCUUCUUCUUCUUCAUUAUUAUUAUUCAUUUUCUUUUUAUUAUUCUUUUAUUAUUCUUCUUAUUCUUAUUCUUCUUAUUAUUAUUCUUUUUUUCUUCUUAUUAUUAUUAUUUAUUUUUUUUUUUAUUAUUCUUUUAUUAUUAUUAUUCUUUUUUCUUAUUAUUCUUAUUCUUCUUAUUAUUAUUAUGUUUUCUUAUUAUUAUUUUAUUAUUUAUAUUUCUUUUUAUUAUUGUUUUUAUUAAUAUUAUUAUUGUUUUUAUUCUUCUUUUUAUUCUUCUUAUUAUUAUUCAUUUUCUUCUUAUUAUUAUUAUUCUUUUUCUCUGUGAAGCGAUCGGCAGACUGGCGUCAAAUUCACUUUAUUCAUAAUCCAAUGUUACAGAGAUCAAGAUUUCACUUUCUCUUCUUCUUCUUCUUCUUCUUCUUCUUCUUCGCUUUCUUUAUAAUUCCCUUUCUUUUUUCAUCUACUUUCUCUUCUUCUUCUUCUUCUUUCAUAUCUUUCUUUGCUUUUUUCUUCGUCUUCUUCUUUAUAAUUUCCUUUCGUUUUUCUUCUUCUUCUUCAUCUUCUUCUUCUUCGUUUUCAUAUCUUUCUUUGCUUUUUCUUCUUCGUCUUCUUCUUUAUAAUUUCCUUUCGUUUUUCUUCUUCUUCUUCUUCUUCUUCUUCUUCUUCUUUCCCUUUCUUUCUAUACUUCUUCUUCUUAAUCUAUAUUCAUAUUUAUUUUUUCGUUAUAGUGCGUUUUUAGUGAAAUUUGUUCUUCAUUUUCUUCUUUUUUCUUCUUCCUUCGUUCUUCCUAAUUUCGCUUCAUUUUUCUUCUUCCUAUUCUUCGUCUUCCACUUCUUCUUCUUCUUCUUCUUCUUCUUCAUAAUUUCGUUUCAUUUUCCCCUUCCUAUUCUUCGUCUCUCACUUUUUCUUCUUCUUCUUUUGUUCUUCAUAAUUUCAUUUUUCUUCUUCCUAUUCUUUGUCUCCCACUUCUUCUUCAUCUUCUUUAUACCGCCUUUCUUUUUCGCAAAUCUUAUUCUUAUUCUUCAUAAUUUCGUUUUAUUUUUCUCCUUCAUCGUCGUUUUCAUCAUUUCACUGCCAUUUUUAAUGAACUUUCUUCUUCUUAAUAUUAUCCUUCUUAUUCUUUACACCUUCCGUCAUUCUUUCUUUGCUGAAAUUCUUCUUCUUCUUCUUCUUCUUCUUCUUCUUCUUCUUCUUCUUCUUCUUCUUCUUCCCCCCCUCCGUCUUAUCCACGUCUUUAUCUUAUCCUCUUUAGUCUUCUUUUUCUCUUUUUCUUUCCGUCUUCUCUUUCUCUUUAUCUUAUCAACUUUACUCUUUAUUUCUCUCUUCUCCCCUCUGUCUUCUUCUUCUUUAUUGAAAAUCGUUCUCCUUCUAUUCCUUAAUUUUUCUAUUAUUUUCUUCAUCGUAUGUCAUUCUUUAUAUUUAUACAGCAUUAUAUUUACUUUUUCUUUACUGAAAUUUCUUCUUCCUUUUCUUCUUCUUACGUCUGCUUUCGUCUUCCUGUUUCUUCAUCGAAUUUUCUCUUUUUCCUUAUCUCCUUCACCGUAUAUGUUCCUCCACUUCUUCCACUUCUCCAUCUUAUUCUUCUUCUUACUGUUAAUCUUCUUCCUUCUUCGCCUUUUUCUUCUUCUUCCUCCUGUACAUCUUCUUCUUCUCUUCAACGUCAUCUUCACCUUCUUCUUCCUCUACGUCUUCAACAUCUUCUUCUUCCUAACUCUUUUUUUUCUUCUUCCACUACUUCAUCUUCACCUUCCUCUUCCUCCUCUUCUUCUUCUUCUUCUUCUUCUUCAAAUCCUUGAAAUUCUUCAAAUUCUUACUCUUAUUCUUCAAUUUCUCCUUUCUUUUCCAUUUCUACUUCUUCUUUUUCUUCUUCUUCUUCAACUCUUUAUCUUCACCUUCUUCUUCAAAUUCUCCUUCUUUUUCUUCAAAUUCUUCAUCUUCAUCUUCUUCCUCUUAUUCUUCAAUUUCUUCUUUCUUUUCCACUUCUUCUUCAACUCUUCACCUUCACUUUCUUCUUCUUUAAAUUCUUCUUCUUCUUCUUCAUUUUCAUUUUCUUCCUCUUGUUCUUCAAUUUCUUCUUCUUCUUCUUCAUCUUCUUCUUCCUCUUUAUUCCUCAAUUUCUUCUUCUUCCUCUUCCACUUCUUUUUUUCUCUUUCUUUUCCUUCUUGA